AUGAAGAGAGGUGGUGUUUGCAUGGUCAUGUGGAUCGCCGAUCCGGUUCAGUUCAUGGUGACGUGCCUGCAGCUCGCCAACUACAGCGUGCCUACCGCCGCUGCCGCUGCCGGUGUGGUGGUGGUAGACUUGGACGAGUUGGGGCUGGAGGGGAGGUUGGCGCUGCUGGACGAUAUGCAGACGGUUGCGGUCCGCGACAGGUCCACGACGCGGUUCCUUGCGCUGCGCUGGCUGGUGUGGGCUUACAUCUGCCGGGGUGGCGGUGGUGGAGUGUCGAGGAACGACAGGGACACGAACCGCGCCACAUCUGGCAACAAGACGACAGAGAGCGCGCCAAGCGCCGCUUUCGUUCUCCGCAACCCUCGCAGGGCAACAUUAAUUCCAACGUGA